AUGUCGAUGAAGCUCCUGGUGCUGGUGCCUGUGACGGUCGUGGGCCACUCCUACCUGGCACUCCCUCCUUCACGCAACUUACUUGCAAACUUGGAAGGGCGUGAAGAUUGCCCGCACUGCUUGCAGUCAGGUGGCCCUGACAAUGUCAAGGAACGGGGAGGGGGUGUGUGGCCGACCCGCUUGGCUCCAGGCUCCCAUGGGCUCUGUGGCGACCCCGUGCAGGGACAAAGCAACCCUGUAAGACUUGAAGAUGAAACUUACCUCAAAACCGGACCCGUGACUGCAACGUACGAGCCGGGAGAAGUGGUGGAGUUCCAAGUGGCAGUCAGUACGCAUCACCAGGGGCACUACGAGUUCCGCAUCUGUGACAAGCCACUGGAUGCAGGGUCUCUGGCCUCGGCUGCGGACGGGCAGGCCUGUUUGGACCAAUGGUUGCUACAGCGUGCCCCACCUUUGGCGAACUGUGUUGUCAAUGAUCCCAGAGGCGACUGUCAACCUUUGGACCCGAAGCACCCAGAGAGGUGGUACCUGCCGCCAGCCGGGUCACAGACGCCAGUGGCUGGAAGGGACUUCAAUGACUCCAUGGCUCCGGCGUAUCCGUCCUCAGCAGAAGUGCAUCGCAUGAGGUUCAAGAUUCCAGCCGGCUUGCAGUGCUCCAGGUGCACCUUGCAGUGGUAUUGGUCUUCUGGAAACAGCUGCUACUACGAUGGCGACUACUUCGACUACUAUCGAGGCAUUGCUGCACUCGGAUGGGAUGCAGCGGCAUGGCAACCACAGAUACUGGAAGACUGGGCCAACUGCGGCAAUAGCUGCUGCCGAAGUGGCGGGACAUUCGGAGAGGAGUUCUGGAAUUGCGCUGAUAUUUCAGUGGCAGCGCGUGGUAGUUCUUCGUCAACGACACCAGAGCCAUCAACCACAACAUCCGCCGUAUCAACUUCUACGACUGUCACCACCACACACUCGGCAACCAUCCCUUUGUUUUCCCCUGUGGAUGGUGGUGAAGGGCGGGCUUGCCGCGGACGAAAUGCGCAAGACAACGCUGCGGCCUACUACGCAGUCUUUAAUGGCAUGCCCUUGCUGGAUGAUUGCAAGGCAAAAUGCAUUGCUACUGCAGGCUGUGUUGGCAUAGAGCACAGCUCGGGACGCUGUGAAGUUUGGACACGUCCUGAGGGCAUCCAGGCUUCCAUUUCCCUUCGUGGGUUCACAUGUCUUCGCCUGGGCGAGGCAUCAACCACAAGCCGGCCAGCGCUGGGGACCUUCGAGCCAAUCGGGGAGGACAAAGCUUGCCGUGGGGCGAGCUCCAGGGACAACUCUCCUGGCUACUACUCGGUCUUCUUUAGAAUGUCCCUCGACGAGUGCAAGGUUCAGUGUGCACUCAACGAGGACUGUCGUGGCAUCGAGCAUUCGAAGAGGGGACGGUGUGAAGUAUGGGUAAGGGCAAUUGAAGCCAGCGCUGACGUUCCUGGCUUCUCAUGCUACACUUACACUUCACCCGGGGCCCCAUCUACUUCUACGACUUCAUCGCCUCGAGCCUGCUCCAGGGCUUGGGCAGCUUGCGGCGGCCAAAACUGGGAUGGGCCGACCUGUUGCGAAGAUGGACACGUCUGUUUUGCUGAAAGCGUUUGGUAUUCGCAGUGCCGGCCUGCUGCAACUCUGGCAGAGAUGCCCGGCCUUGCUCCUGAAAGCAGAAAGCACCGCCGUUUUCGGGGGAGCACAUUCCUGCAAGAUGGCACUCUCUUGGAUCACACGCUGGCAGAUGAAGAGUUGUGA